ACUAUAAUGUAUUAAAUUUAACGUGUCAGAGGUCGUCUUGGUUCCCUUUGAAUGCUUAGAUCUUUACUGUCAGUGUCACGUUGCAUAAAAUACAUAUCAAGAUUAGCUUUUAUUUUUAUGAAUAGAAGAGUAAGCGUUUUAGGCAGACCAAAGUAGUUCUACUGAUAAAAAAUGUUGACACGUUGUACUGGCCACAUGUUGACCACAUGGCGCGGGGUCUUGCGACGUCAUGCAUCUAACACCGAAAUCGCAUAUGUCAUGUAGCUAAAUAUGUAUAUAUAUGCAAAGAUAUGUAGUCCAGACGAUACUGAACAGAUAUCAAAUCCUGUCUUUUAAAUACAGCUAUAUUCUUUUAUUUUUCCGUUUAUUUCUUGCAAUCGGAUCCAAGCAGGAACUCGAUAUUGCUUUGCAUUUAAUAAGAAUCGUUUCACUCAUCGAAAUUUCAUAAAAAAUAGACAACAGCCACGUUGUAAGACGGCGAAGAUUAUUUCUAUUUACAAUACUCGUAUAAUCGCACUCUCUGUUUGCUAAAUUAAAUUCCUUUGUCGAUGAGGCGAAGCGACGUUCUUAAAAUCUGCUCAUGCGGUCAUGAUGGUCUUCAUCAAUAUACAGGGCAAACGAAUGGUAUUCUGAUAGUUGUUCAUUUAUUUAAUUUCUCUGUGAAAUGAAAAGCAGUCUUUACUUUAGACAUCGCACAUUCGCAUUACAGUGAACCGCUUGAACCUGCAUGAGAUCAGUUUUACUAGCGUUGUUAAUGUUUGUGAAUAGGCAAAUUCUAUACCUGCGUAAACCUGCUAAAUUAUUAUUUGACAUUUUACACGCUAAGCGAAGCGAUAUUCUUGUUUUGAUGACGAGCUUAACAGUUUGUAGUUUGCGCGAACAGGACGUAUCCUUAUCUAUUUACGUCCUUAUGCAGGCUAAAACAAUUUGUACCCGACAGAAGAAGCGAUAUUUCUAGUGAUGGCUGUGUAAGUUUAGGACUGUGUAAAUAAGAUUGAUUUCAUCACCAUCUCGUUCAAUCACAAAGAACUACGCGUGUAAUAUAGUAUAUAAUAGAUUUCAGAACGUGGUAUAUUCACUAUAAUAGACAAGAAUCGUGACACCAAUCAUAAAAAUUCAAAACAUGAUACUUCCGGCGUUAUAACUAAUUAUGCAAAGGGUUUCCCCAAAUGACGUUUGUUGAUAUUAAUAAAAUUUACACCAAGGUUUCCUUUAGCGUAAAUAAUGAAACGGAAGACAUAGACGUAUUUUCUUUCUGAACACUUGCGAUGCUUGAUGAUAACGAGAAGCCUAAACUGCUAGCCUAAAAUCACACAUUUCUCGGUUCUUUUCUCGUGAUAAACACCAGCAGGGCUCUGAGGUUACGUCAUAUAUAUUACACACCGUGUGUAAAUUUAGAAGCUUAACUUAGGCUAGUUAAGCAAAUCAUGAUUUGGGGAAGCUACCUCAGCACGUUUCUGCAACGAAAGGUAUACACUACAGAAUCUUAUAUCAACAACGUCAAAACAACGAACAAUGAUUUGUUUACAUAAACGUUGCUUAUAAGCAAUCGCGUUAAACACUUCGAAUUAUGGACAUUGAUGAAGCUACAUAUGUUGAAAAUGAUUGUAAAAAAGAAAUAAUCGCGAAAAUUGAUCGCAUAUCGAAAGAAAUAAGUGUGUUAGAGGAACACAAGAGGAAAAUUAGCGCACUUGGCGAAUGUUUGAAAGCCAAGUGUGAAGAAACGCGUGAUGUUGAAAAAGAAAUCUUGCAACUUGCGAAUCAGUGCAGGUCUUUCCCUGUUGAACCAGGUGGAUUAGGAAAUGUCGACGUGCCGACAAGAAAUACAGAUCCUCUCAGCGAGAACCAGUUGUUGUCGGAUUUUAAAGGUCUUUCUAUUAAAGAGGAAAAAAUGAGUUCAAAAUACGAACAAUUUGUGGUUGAACUUAUGGAAAAGUACGAUGAACAAUUACACUCGAAGCAGGCCGAAUUGGAGAUCAUUCACAAACAAAUGGCAGGAGAAGCGGAGAAACGUUUAGAAGAUGUUCCCCGUGGAUAUGGUCCGGAUCGUACACACAAAUCAUCGAUGGAACAAUUUCAGCUGGUCACAGCUGGUGGUGAAGACAUUUCAUUGAGUCCUUCGGCCAAAUUACGUCAACUAGAGCAUGUAAAUGGCUUGAUGACCAAACGUAUUGAUGAGUUGAUAGAAAACAAUAAUGGUAUUAAGGAUCAAGUUAACAUGCUGAAGAAACAAAAAGAAGAGCUCUUAAUGGUAAAUCAUCAAUGGGACGAUCAGUACCGACAGCUGAAGGCUGACAAAGAUCGUUUGGCUUCGCAACUCCGCCAGAGAUCUGGGAAAAUGCGGGAAAUCGACGAAACACAACGACAAGCCCCCGACGAUGCCACGAUCGCCGAGAUGACGAAAGUAAUCGAGCAGCUGACGCGGAAGAACGCGGAGCUUGAGCAAAUAACAGCGAGACUUGCUGAUGAACUGGACAAGGCGAAGAAUGUUGAUCCAAGGUCCCGGCAGCCCGACGAAGACAGUGCAAGGAUAAUUCACGAGGUAACCAUGGAAAACGACAAGCUCGUUAAAAAAGUCAACGAGCUUGUGGAAGAGCAGAAGAAACGCGAUAAAAUAUGGGCAGCAGCCAAGAAAAUGAUCAGCGAAGAGAAAGCGGCGAAAGAAGCGGCCUUGCAGAUGAAAGCGGCGGCGGAGGAACACAUCAAACAUCUUCAAGGUCUCUUUGAAAUCGAGAAACAAAAUCAAGCAGAACUUCGACAAGAAAUUGAAAGAUUAACUUCCGCUGGGGCCUCCUUACAGCAACCUGUGGCUAGUUCCUCUUUGGUAUCGAUGAACGGCGGGAAUGCGGAGCAGAUUGAGAUGUUAAAACAGCAAGUGGCAGUGUAUGCUGAUGAUUUUGCAAACGAGCGUUCUGAUCGCGAGCGUAUUCAGGCCGACAGAGAGGCACAAAAAGAGCGACUGAAGGAAUUUGAAAGAGAAAUAAAGUUACUGAAGGAACAGAUUCAGAUUUAUCGCGAUGAUUUUGACAACGAAAGACGCGACAAGGAGAGACUCCAGAGACAGCUGAGGGAGAGGAGACCGGAUGUCCAGGUCCCUGCUGAGGAACCGUGGUACAGAGUACCGCCUGCUGACUACAUCACUAUGCAUCCUCGUCGACAGCCUGCAUACCCGCAAGAUAAUAGAGCGUAUCGUUACUCGCCCAGAGAAAUCCAGGAGAUAGCUUAUCAGCAACAACAGCAGCCACUACACGCCCGCGUUCAGGCUGGAAACGGCCAUCCUGGCGGGCUGUGCCACGGCUGCGAGGUCGACUGUGACGGUCCAGCGGCAACCCUCAAAUGCCCUCGCUGCGAACGAGUCUUCGCAUCGCACGAGAGGCGGCCGUUUGAAGAGCACAUUGAUAAGUGCACAACCUGAGUUCACGUGAGUGAAUUUGCACUUUUUGCUGGAUAGAACUGGUAUAACUGUUGUAAUCCUCCUGUAUGGAUCACGAUAAACUUUACUUCAUUAUUGCCGCGUCUGUUUCGCUGUAUCAGCAGCAAUAGUGGGUAUUCUAUAAUCUGCUUACUCGAUUGGCGUUCAGUAUAAAUACAUUUAAUCAGCAAAUUAUCUUCUGACUGUAUAGUAUACAAUCGACAUUCGUAUCAAAAGUAAAUAACGUUUUCCUGUGCAUGAAUUGAGACCCAGAAAACUCUUUGUACAUGAUUAGAAAACAUAUACUAAAUGA